AUGUAUUUACUACUUCUUUCUAUUGAGUGUGAGUUUGUUUUCCGUUUUAUUCAAACUUUUUGUUAGCAUCUCUCAAGUUUAAAUAUCUCGGCGAGACUUGACAUUCUAUUUCGCGCCAAACCAGAGAGCCAUCAUUGAAGACGCAAAAUGGUUCAGCUGUGUUUCGUUCUUGAUCUGCGAAGCUUGGCACCUCCAUUGCUAGGAGACUUAAAGCAGUCACUACUUCAACUCGCUAAUUUCUAUGCAAUUUCGAGUUCGUCUUCGUCUGCUCGCAAAUCUGCCACUCUCAGUGAUAGAAUCGGUUUGUGCUAUGUCGUCAGGAAUCGGUUAACUUCUUCUGACGAGUUGAUGAUCGCUUACCGUCCCGUGGGAAAUUUCAACCUGCGCGAUUUUCACCAUGCUGUUAACAGCUUGCCAUCAGAUGCCUUUCUGUUUGAUAUGGAUAAUGUAUCUGAUGUAAUGAUUUCAGAUGUUUUGAGCGAACGAGUAUUGUAUUCUUGGCAAGGUAAAAAUAUUGAGAGAAAAGUGAUAGUCAUAACUUCAAUCUUGCCUGAAGAUGUGGAUUCUGUAAUGCAGAAGAGCCUCAUGGAUGCUGCAGAUAAAUGCGUUUCAGUUGAUUUUGCUGUAUUUCAGCCGAAGUCAAGUCAUCUGAUUGAUUCGCGUGAAAACAUUAACAAUUUCCGUCGUUGCAUUUCUCAUCUUGAUAAUUGCUCAGUUCAGACCUACAUCGCAGAUUUCAGAUCAUUCAACGGCCUGGUUAAAAGAUGGCUGCAGUUGUUGAAAGAUGACAUGGACAAGCCCCUGCUAGCACGUCUCAUUUUCAAGGACAAACUUUUAGAUUCUGUGAACCAUAUAUUCUGCAACCUGCUUCCACCAGUCAAUCCAAUAACUAACGGCUUCAGUCAAUGUCAGACAUGCAGAUGCCAUGGCAUUCCUUUAGGGGAUGCUGAAAAAAAACUCAACAUGUUUUCCUGUCCAGUCACUGGCUCCAAUCUGGAAACAAGUGAUGUUAAUGAAAAUUCUGUUCGAGUUGGGGAAAAAACUAUUCUGUUUCUUCCCUCAUUCCAUAAUUCCCUGAAGCUCCUGCCAGUUUGUUCCCCAAUCAACGUAACUGUUAAUGAGAGAAUAAACUUGGCUUCUCUUGAUGAAGGUCUAAUAAUGGGGGCUUCAUUUGUCGUGACUGAAUCUCCUUAUCAUUUGAUCGAAACCAAUUCCGAUGAUACUGAUCAGUCAGACACGAAUGCUCAACUUUUUCAAGGCCUUUCUAGUGUUCUACAUUCAAUGGACCAGGGUUUGAUAUGUUCUUCAAAUUGUGAUUUAGAAACAAUGACAGAGGCUCCUUAUCAUUGUUACUACAUUCUGCAGCCAUCAGAUAAUGGACCAAUGCUUAUGAGGCGCCUUGCAGGGGCAGAAGAAGUCAAACAAGCUCCCGACAACCGUUUAAUUGAUCCAUCGGUCAAUAAGGGUGUAGAGAACUCUGUACAAGCCUGUUUGCUAAAGAUUGAUGUAACAGUUUAUGAUCCACUGUUACAUGAAAGAGGCUUUCAUCAAAAACUAAAUGUGCUUGUCAAAGAAAGCCUACAAUUGGGGUCAGUAUUUCCCAAAAAGGAUGGUGCGUUUUGUGAACUAAGCUCAAGUCAACAACCUUUAUCUGAGGUGAACGGGAGAGCACAAUCAGCAAAUAAUGUCGUUAUUGUGGAUUACGAAACUUUGUCUACGGAUAUUGCGGAUCAAGACGACAGAACUAUGGCCUGUAUUACAGAAGAAUGGAAGCAAUUGGUUGUAAGUGAAGAGCCCAAGUUGCACUCUCCAUCUUGCAUGCCCAAAGCCAAGUUGGAUCAAUCAAGUAUAGCCCCACGAAAUGGUAAUAGACAGCUAGACAAGGAAACUUCAAGGAUUUUGGAGAGAUUGGAGGUUCCAAGGCCAUUGAAAGGAAAGAAGGCCUCUCCCGUUUUAAAUGAAAGUUGUGUGAAAAAUAAAACUGUGCCUACAAAAAAGCCUCUAAUACCAUUCCAGCCAACUCAAAAUACAGAACAAGUCAUUGUCGGCAGCCAGCUAUUGAAACCAAAUUUCCAGAGGCAGAAAAGGAAGCAAAGAUGAAAAGAACGUAACUCGGCGUUUCAUGAAAUAAUUGUUCAAAAGUCUAUAAGGUCAGGACAUUUCUUUUCCCUUUUUUAUCAUCCCACGAGUUAUUUUGCUGCUAAAAAAGAGCCCACUAGUCAUGAAACAUGUUUUCUAAUGGAUCAGAAGCGUUAAAUUGCAUACAUAUUUUUGAGCAGGCUCGAGAUUUCACUUAAUAAAUUCUGUUAAAUUUUUAUAUCUACUUCUCUCCACAGUACUCACAACAUUGUUAUAUAACCACUUGAAAUUCAACACAUCAUGACCCAAUGAACUCUAAUAUCAAUAUGCUUUGAUCUUGAACGAUAGGUAGAAGUCUUAAUAAGGUGCGUAGUACUUUGGUUUUCAUAAUACAUUGGAUGAAAACAAACUCAUGAAGAAAACUCUUCAAUUCACCUAUAACAACUCCGUGUUAGUUUUAAUUUGAACAAUAAACUUUGCCUUUGUAGUAGGGCAAAAAGCUUCGCAAUUCUGACUACCGCAUCUUAGUUCCCCUUCACGCAUGUAAUAUAAAAAAAGAAGUAAAUAUGUGACAGUUGAUAUCUCCUCCCACCUAUUGUCAAACUGUAUACCCAACUAACACAAACUCUAUCAUCAGAGCAAAGUUUCAAGUUGCUCUUUCCUCAGAAUUAGUUCACUAUUCAUUUGACAUUGACAUGCAUGAAGCUGCUUAGAGACAGCAUAAAAAUAUUCUAUAACAAUUAAUUCUCUUCAUUUGUCAUGGCAAAUUAUUUCACAUUCAACUUGAAGGGUGCUGCAAGAACACUACUAUUCCAAACUUUCAUUACAAAGUUAUCAUUUUUAUAAUGAUUUUGGAUGAAUCCAUUUUGCAAAAUUGCUUUUGAUUAAAAGUGAAUUAAUAUAAAACCACUUAUAUUAGAUAUACUAAUUUUAUAAAAGAUUAGUUGAAUUAUAAACUUGAAUAAAGUUCAAGUUUAAAGACAACAGUUCUAUACUUAGAUGUGUCUAGAAUAACUUUUACCCACACAAAAGUGAAUCCAAACCUAUCUCCAACUUUUGGAUUGAGUGGAUCAGUAGUUCAGAUGAAAUUUUACUAGGAUAUAGCCGAUAGCGAAAACUUUGAUGUUUUUCCAUUAUUCAAAAUAAUCCUUGUUGGAAUACUGAUUUGAAUUGAAGUGAUGAAACAUAACUUUUGAAUUUGGAUUGCAAAUUUACAGUAAAUUAUAAUACAAUAUAAU